CCCUACAUAUCUCUCCAAAAUCAUAUCUGAUUUCUUUUACAUUUUUCUUCCCUCCUGCCUUGAAAUUAAACUUUGUGUAAAAAAAAUCUUCUGCUGGGAGGGAUUUUUUUUGUCGUGCUUCACCUGUCAGCGCAGAGUAGCCCCCGUGACUCAUGAAUGGCUCAAACCAAGCCGGCACAGACUGUUGCUCCUCAUUUCUGCGCGUCAAAGCAAAUGAAUGGAGCAGAGCAAAGCAACAGCUGCGGUGGCUGCAACAGCACUGAGAUCCCCAUUAGCGCUGACCGGUGUCUAAUUGCAGCUGAAGUUGCACUUGGAGACGCAGAUGGAAACGAAAGACGCAUUCUAGGUGCAAGUGAGAUUUUUUUAUUUUAUCGUAUCAUCUUGCUUUUACUCAGGCAACUCUUUCUUCAUUAUGAUCCAUCAGCUGACGGAUCCAGCGGUGAACGACAGCUGUCAGCAGGAGCUCACCUUAGUGUGCAACAAAAGCGCAGACGGAGACGCGCUCCAGCUGCCCACUUUCUCCACCGCGGCCAAAGUGCGGGUGAUCAUCACCUUCACCCUGUGCGCGGUGUCGGCUGUGUGCAACUUGGUCGUGCUGUGGGCUGCGUGCAACGGCGGUAAGCGCAAGUCUCACGUCCGGAUCCUCAUCAUGAACCUGACGGUGGCAGACCUGCUGGUGACUUUCAUCGUGAUGCCCGUGGACGCGGUGUGGAACAUCACGGUGCAGUGGCAGGCCGGGGACGUCGCCUGCAGGCUGCUCAUGUUCAUGAAGCUGGUGGCCAUGUACUCCUGCGCCUUUGUCACCGUGGUCAUCAGCCUGGACAGACAGUCCGCCAUCCUCAACCCUCUCGGCAUCAGCGAGGCCAAAAGGAAAAGCAAAAUCAUGUUGACCGUGGCCUGGACCAUGAGUGUGAUCCUCUCGCUCCCACAGAUGUUCAUAUUCCACAAUGUGACCAUCACAGUUCCAGAGACCUUCACCCAGUGCACCACUCACGGCAGUUUUGUCCAGCGUUGGCAGGAGACUCUCUACAACAUGUUCACCUUUGUGUGCCUCUUCCUCCUGCCUUUGGCCAUCAUGAUCUUCUGCUACACGCGAAUCUUCAUUGAGAUUUCCAGCCGCAUGGCUCGGAGCAACCAGCUUUCCAGAGACGUUCAUCUCCGCCGCUCCCACAACAACAUCCCCAAAGCUCGGAUGAGGACUCUUAAGAUGAGCAUUGUCAUCGUGACUUCCUUCAUCAUCUGCUGGACACCGUAUUACCUGCUGGGCCUGUGGUAUUGGUUGUUUCCGGAAAAAAUGGAGGAGACGGUCUCUCAUUCACUGACUCACAUGCUGUUUAUCUUUGGCCUCUUCAAUGCAUGCUUGGACCCCAUCACCUAUGGCUUGUUCACCAUCCACCUCCACCAGGGUCUGAAGAGAUGCCGUCAAACGUCAAACACUCGAACCGAAGCAGAAAACAACACUUGCCUUGUACUAAUGGCGUCACACAGGCGGAUUGCCUCCGGUGGCCACAAUACACACACCAAGGGGUUAAACGACGACACAAAGAAUUGCUCACAUCCAGUUGUACCAGUAAGCAGGAUAUAAGUCCAACUCCCUUCUUUAGAGAUGAUGGCUUGUUCAUUGAUUUCGCCUCUAAAUUCUUCACAAAAGUUGUUCUUUUGUGAAAUGAAUGUGUUCAUGUCUGCUCGGCUGAUGUAAAUGGUGAUGUACUGCAGCUUAACCUUGGUGUAUUCAUCAUGCGGUAUCGCACACAUAAUGUGUUGGGUGCCUCUCAUCAGAUUUUGAAAGGACACAGCAGAGUUGAGCCAGGAGUGACGCAGUGCAACAAGGAAGUUUGAUAUAGUCAGGUUUUCUUUGUGUGAGAUAGCUUAGCAAAACCCCAAUCAGAGAUAAAUGUAACACAAUGGUGGUUAUCAAGGUUUUUUUGUUAACCUGGGGUUCCUUCAUCAGAAUUUAUUCAUUCUCAAUCAUUUCUGUCAUCAGGAAUAUGCUGUUAUAAUGUAGAGCUAUAGAGACGGUAUAAAUUACCAGGAAAAAAAUGUAGCUACUGCAAGAGAGGAGAGCUGGUAGAAAAAUGCAACAUGGAAUUUGCACAUUACAGCUCUAAACUUCAUACAUUUAAACAUGAAACUCAACAAGUGCAUUUAGGUCUGACGUUGUUCCUUAAUGAAAGAUAAGAGAAAAUCAUUUCAGUUUUUGGCCAAGUCACUGGGAAAAUAGCGUCGGUGAUUGAAUGUUCUCGGCACAUUCAGUUUGCCUGCUGUAACCGCACGGCUUUGUUCAGCGGGAAUAAUAAGGUACAGCUCAACAGGUUUCCAGAUACAAUGUAUUCCUUCAGCUGACAGUCUGUGUCACUCAUAGAGAACAUUGUCAGAAAAAAGAAAGGGUGCAGAUGCAGUGGAGCCUCGUACAGCACGUUUAAAUCUAAACUCUGAACAUGGCCUCCACGCCAGGCGAGAAAGUUACUAUGGUGAUCUAAAAACAGGAUCACUUCCCUAACACCGAGAACUCUGACUUUUAAGUUGCUCCUCUGACGUGCCGAACACUCAUGUAGGUAGGUUUGAAGGUCUCAGGUUGACCCGAUUAUAAAUAAGCUGCUAUACACUGACUGAAACUGUCUUGCAGCUGUUUGUUCCAACAUCUGUCUUGGCAACAACAUGUUUAAAAAAUAAACUUGAUUGGCAGUCUAUAAUUUGAUCCCCUGCCACAAAGACACACAUCACUUUCUGGGUUUUAGUUCGUAAAUCUUGUAUAAUUUCUCGUAAACCAAAUUAUGUGUUUUAGAUUAAAAAUGACUGAUUCAACUUAAAUUCUCUGGGAAUAAAAAUAAGUGCUACACUGAUUAAUGGAGAUUGUUUGGGAGUGAUGUUGUUUACUUGAGGUUUUACUGUGUUUGAUAUGUUCGUUUUGGAACAAGUUCCUCUACCAAUCAUCAUAGUGACUGAAAAAUGCUCUGUGCUUCUGUCAUUCAUGGUGUUGUGUGCAAUAUCAAAUAUGUAAUUUAGUUUCAUCACUUCAAUGAAUGUUACAUUAUGGCCAUUACUGACCAUGACAGCCUUUUAAAUGUGUAUUGAAUGUACCUGUGCAGCUUGUUCAUGUUUUAUUGACCGUUUAGCUUUGUGUUUCCUGUGUUACACUCCAAUCACAGAGGAGGCAAUGCUCUGUAAACAAAUCUAUAAUUCAGCAUGCUAUUUGCAUAUUAGUAUUAGUGUGAUUAGCUAAUUAUGUUGUGAAUUGUGGUUCUUUCUGUGACCAAGAAAUGGAAAACAAGAGCACUUAAUUAAAACUGAAACUGAACAUAAACAAUAAAACUGUAUUGGAAAGCUGUCUAAAAAUCAGCAGAGAGAUCAGUUGCAUAGUUUCUGUAAAUUAUGCAAUAUGUUGUAAUGUAUACUUACAAUGUGCUUAUUUGUGGAAUAAAAAUUCUGCCUUAUUUGUCA